AUGUUCUAUAUUAUUAUAUUUCUGAUCGUGAAUAUCGGGCUUAGCUCUCAAAGCUACAUCAUUGGUCAGCGUGGCAAGGCAUACAGCAAACGUGAACUCGACACUUAUUCCGACCUGAUGCGGCUGGGUGAGGCAGCUGGCAAACCUGAUGGCGGACGAGGGCUAGAUUGUGAAGGCAAUAAGAGCUGCAACAUUGGCAACCAGGUGGGCACAACCGAUCCCAAAGUCAAAGCCUCGAACAUUGCACAGAAAGCGGCGCAGGAGGCGAAGGCAGCAAACGAUGCACAAAUGGCAGCCGCUGAAGCAGCCGCAUCCCAGGUUAAAAUACAGCUAGCGGAGAAGGCACUUCAGUCCGCCAAAGCGGCCGAGGCAGCUCUAGCCGGCAAACAGCAGAUCAUGGAUCAAUUGCAGGCGGAACACCGCGAGGCGGAUGCGGUUGUUCAGGAUGUAAGUAACUCCCUACAAAGCACCCAGGCGAAUGCAGCAGCAGCCAACGAUGCUGCCGUGGAGGCCAGAAGCCAACUCGACAAACUGAAGCAACUGAUGCAGGCAUCAACCUCAAGUCUGGCUAAUAUCGAGAAUGUCGCAAAUGGCGCGCAACAGGAGCUGGCAGAGAAGACGCAGCUGCUGGAGGCGGCCAAGAAUCGCGUGGAGACCCUGGGUCAUCAGCUAGCUGCGGCCAAGGAUGACUUUGAGAAGACCAAGAGGGCCGCCUAUAAAGCAGCCUGUGCAGCAGUCGAGGCCAAACAGAAAGCCCAAAGGAAUCGACGGCGCACCGCUCGACUUAGCUAGUUUCUCGUUAAUUAUUUAUAUUACAAUUAAUAUGCACACU